AUGGCCUCUGUUCAUGCCAGCCCUAUAGUAAGUGCUCAUCAUAUGAUAGAUAGCUCAUGGACUCUUAAAGCAAUAGAACUAGGCACUGCUGGCAGCAUCCCCACCCAGCAGACCAAGACAGGCACAGAGACGUUGUGCCACCUGCCCAAGAUCAUCCGCCCUGCUGACUUAUUGCACAGCCAGCAGUGGCACGGCCAGGCCAGCAUGGUGGACCACUUACUUCCAGUGGACGAGAACUUCUCGUCGCCGAAGUGCCGGGUUGGUUAUUUGGGAGACAGGCUGGUAAGCAGGCAAGCGUACCACAUGCUGCCCUCACCCCCCUCAGAAGAUGACAGUGAUGCCUCCAGCCUCUGCUCCUGUGCCAGCCCCGACUCGCAAGCCCUCUGCUCCUGCUACAGCAAUGGCCCGGGUACUGAGGGCCAGGACAACAUCUUGGACUUCCUGCUCUCCCAGGCUACGCUGGGCAGUGGUGGCAGCGGCAGCCUUGGGGCCAGCAGUGGUCCUGUGACCUGGGAGGCCUGGCGGAGGGCACCGGCACCUGUGAAGGGGGAGCAUUUCUGCUUCCCAGAGUUUCCUGUCGGUGACCCCGAUGAUGUUCCAAGGCCCUUCCAGCCCACGCUGGAGGAGAUUGAAGAGUUUCUGGAGGAGAACAUGGAGCUGGGGGUCAAGGAGGCUCCAGAAAGCAACAAUAAGGAUGUGGAGGUCUGUAGUCAGCUUUCAGCUGGGCCACACAGGAUCCAUCUCCAUCCUGGGUCUGGUGGGAGAGAACGCUGUGCUCCCCAGCCAGGUGGUGCCAAUGCGGGUGACACUCAGGGCCCCGGUGGGGGGCCUGCAUCCGAUGGCCCCAUCCCCUUGCUGCUGCAGAUUCAACCUGUGCAGGUGAAGCAGGAAUCAGGCACAGAGCCCUCCUCCCCUGGGCAGGCCCCGGAGAGUGUCAAGGUAGCCCAGCUCCUGGUCAACAUCCAGGGGCAGACCUUUGCACUCCUGCCCCAGGUGGUGCCCUCCUCAAACUUGAACGCGCCUUCCAAGUUUGUGCGCAUUGCCCCUGUGCCCAUUGCUGCCAAGCCCAUUGGGUCAGGACCCCUGGGGCCCGGCCCCACCGGCCUCCUCAUGGGCCAGAAGUUCCCCAAGAACCCAGCGGCAGAACUCAUCAAAAUGCACAAAUGUACUUUCCCCGGAUGCAGCAAGAUGUACACCAAAAGCAGCCACCUGAAGGCCCACCUCCGACGGCACACAGGCGAGAAGCCCUUUGCUUGCACCUGGCCGGGCUGUGGCUGGAGGUUCUCCCGUUCAGAUGAACUGUCCAGGCACCGGCGUUCGCACUCAGGCGUGAAGCCCUACCAGUGCCCUGUGUGUGAGAAGAAGUUCGCGCGGAGUGACCACCUGUCCAAGCACAUCAAGGUGCAUCGCUUCCCCCGGAGCAGUCGCUCCGUACGGGCUGCCAACUGA